UCAUAUUGUCUAAUCUCUGAUCCACACUCCGAAGCAAAAGGUGGUGGUAAUGCACUUUAAUACGCUGGUUGCCAACCGCCGUUGAAACCCAAAAAGAAGCAGAAUAGAGGAGGAGGACCCUAGCCGGAGCAGAGGACACAUAGAUCACAUCCGGGGCUGGUUUAUUCUAAUAACCAAAUGUCCAACCCGGAAAAAAAGAUAUCUCUUCUGUAAUCCGAUCACACAAACAAACAGACAAGAGUGUGAGAGCCUGAUGCAAGCCGGCUUUGUAAAUGUCCGCUCUUUGUAAAAGUUAUUGAAAGUUUGUCUAACAUGCUCGUUAUUUACCAGAUUCGGGUCUCUCCUCUGUGCUUCGGAGCCGUGCGGGGCGCUGGCUGUGGCGCACACUGACUCCACAGCGGCAGCAGCAUGCCAUACGUGGACCGGCUGAACCGCGUAUGCGGCUUCCUGGACAUCGAGGAGAAGGAGAACAGCUGCCGCUUCCAGAGGCGAUACUUCAUCCUCGACACGCAAGAAAAUGCUCUUCUGUGGUAUAUGGACAACCCUCAGAACCUGCCCAGUGGAGCGAGCUUUGUUGGCAGCCUGAAACUAACCUACAUCUCUAAGGUGAGCGAAGCUACAGCAAAGCAAAAGCCAAAGACAGAGUUCUGUUUUGUCAUCAAUGCAGUUUCCCGGAGGUACUUUCUCCAAGCCAACGAUGUGACUGACAUGAGGGACUGGGUGGCUGCUCUCAACAAAGCCAGCAAAAUAACAGUUCCUAAGUCUGGCCCUGCACCUCCAAGGUCCGAUGUGACCGCAGUCAUCAGUGACACUCAGGGAGGGAAGAGACAGCACGCCUACAAGACCGAGAUCAUCGGCGGCGUGGUGGUGCACACUACCAUCCAGAAUGAGUGCGAAGAGACAGAAGGGAGAGAGAGGAAGGGCAACCGGCCAGGCGUGCUGAGGUACGGUUACUGUGUCAAACAGGGAAAUGUGAGGAAGAGCUGGAAAAGGAGGUUUUUCACCCUAGAUGACAAUGCAGUCAGUUACUACAAGUCUGAAAUGGAUAAGGAGCCUCUCCGAGCUGUUCCACUGAGGGACAUUCAGAAGGUCCACGAAUGUCUCGUCAAGUCAGGGGAUCUCCUGCUGAGAGACAACCUGUUUGAGAUCAUCACCAGCUCCCGAACCUUCUACAUUCAGACAGACUCUCCGGAGGAGAUGCAUGGCUGGAUCAGGGACGUUGAGAUGAAGAUCCAGGACUUCAGAGGUCCCCCUAAGGGUUUUUCAUUUAAACGUCGUCCUCUCUCUAUCGAAGUCCCAAUGCCUCCUCAGCGCCUCGAGGCCAGCAGAGUGAUGAGCGCAGACCUCCACUGGUCAAGUCCUGCUCUGUGGCGCCGGGCUGGCAGCCCUGGACGCCUGUCCCUCCGUGUGAGCCUUCCAUCCUGGAUACAGAGGAUGAAGACAGUGCUUUCAGCUCUCUUCAAUCAGCGGACUGGGGAUCCUCACAGCGUCGGGAGAUGUGGCCAGCGGGCGUCGGAGGCACCGCUCGCAGCCUCAGCCUCACACCGCUGCAGCUUCCCCUUCAGCCUGGACGACGACAGCCUCCGCACCACGGACGUCUAA